GCCGGCUUCUCCGGCGAUGGGGCGUUGUGGGGCGGCCGGGAGGCGGCGGCGGGGCAGAGCCCGGGACUGCUGAGGCGCAGAGCAGGUGGACGGGACGGGAUGGAGCGGCGGCCGGUGCCCCGCCGGUGCUGAGCCGGAGCCUGGGGACAGGGCUGUCCCGGAGGAUUGCUGCGGGGUGAGAGAAUGAAGAAGCCGGCUGGGCAGCAGCAGGAUGGGGCGGCAGGAGCUCCCACGCGCUGACGGCCCCCUGCCGAUGCUCCCAUGGCCGCUGGCCCUCCUGGCCCUGAGCACGUGCUGCCGCUGGGGGGUGGCCGAUGGGGCGGGUGGCACGGUGCCCCAGCAGCAUGCUGCCCCGGCGACCCCUUCCUCCUCAUCGUCAUCCUCCUCUUCCUCCGGCCGGGCACCCCUCGACUGGCUCCUCACCGACCGGGGACCCUUCUACCGAGCCCAGGAUUACGUGGAUUUCAUGGAGCGCUACCGGCAGGGUUUCACCACCAGGUACAGGAUCUACAGAGAGUUUGCUCGUUGGAAGGUGAAUAAUUUGGCCUUGGAGAGGAAAGACUUCUUCAGCCUGCCGCUUCCACUGGCCCCCGAAUUCAUCCGCAACAUCCGCCUGCUGGGACGCCGACCCAGCGCUCAGCAGAUCACCGACAGCCUCAUCAGAAAGUAUGGGACACACUUCCUGCUCGCCGCCACGCUGGGAGGAGAGGAGUCCCUGACCAUUUUUGUGGACAAGCGCAAGCUGAGCCGCAGGGCAGAGCCCACCGGGGUGGCCGGGAACAGCUCGGGGGUCUCACUGGAGACCCUGCACCAGCUGGCGGCGUCCUACUUCAUUGACCGGGAGAGCACCCUGCGCCGGCUCCACCACAUCCAGAUCGCCACCGCCGCCAUCAAGGUGACUGAAACACGGACAGGGCCACUUGGCUGUAGCAACUAUGACAACCUGGACUCGGUGAGCUCCGUCCUGGUGCAGAGCCCUGAGAACAAAGUGCAGCUCCAAGGGCUGCAGAUGGUGCUCCCUUCUUAUCUGCGGGAGAGGUUUGUGGCAGCUGCCCUCAGCUACAUUGCCUGCAGCUCGGCUGGGGAGCUGGUGUGCCACCAGAGCGACUGCCGCUGCCAGUGCCAGCCUGCAUUCCCCCGCUGCAACUGCCCCGAGGCUGACAUCCAGGCGCUGGAGAGCAGCUUGGCCCAGCUCCGGAGAGCCUGGGAGAGCCACCACAGCCAGUUCGAGGAGUCAGAGGAGUUUCAGGCCCUGGUGAAGAGGCUUCCUGGGGACCGAUUCCUGAACAGGACGGCCAUCUCCCACUUCUGGGCCAUGGACCUGGAUGUUCAGCAUCGCUACCAGCAGCUGGGCACCAGCCUGAAACUGCUCUCUAGGAAAACCCACCGGCUCAUCCGGCGGCUCUUCAACCUCAGCAAACGCUGCCACCGGCAACCUCGCUUCAAGCUGCCCAAGGAGAGGUCCCUCCCUUACUGGUGGAGCCGUGCACAGUCACUCCUGUACUGCAGCGAGACCACUGUGCCUGGGACCUUCCUGGAAGAAAGCCACAGCUGCACAUGUCCCUCCGAGCAGCCGUCCUGCCAGGGGUCCAUCCCGUGUGCCUUGGGCGACGGGCCAGCCUGUGCCAGCUGUGCCGAGGACAACAGCACCCGCUGCGGGACCUGCAACCACGGCUACGUGCUCACCCAGGGCUUCUGCCGCCCCCAGGUGGCCGACUCAUUGGAGCACUACCUGGGGCUGGAGACAGACCUGCAGGACUUGGAGCUCAAGUACCUCCUGCAGAAACGGGACAGCCGCAUCGAGGUGCACUCCAUCUUCAUCAGCAAUGAUAUGCGCCUGGGGAGCUGGUUCGACCCCUCCUGGAGGAAACGCAUGCUCUUGACCCUGAAGAGCAACAAGUACAAGCCCGGGCUGGUUCACGUGAUGUUGGCACUCUCUCUGCAGAUCUGCCUCACCAAGAAUAGCACACUGGAGCCUGUCAUGGCCAUCUAUGUCAAUCCUUUCGGCGGAAGCCACUCAGAGAGCUGGUUCAUGCCCGUCAAUGAAGGCAGCUUCCCAGACUGGGAAAGGACUAAUGUAGAUGCCUCUGCCCAAUGCCAAAACUGGACGCUCACUUUGGGCAAUAAGUGGAAGACCUUCUUUGAAACAGUCCACGUCUACUUGCGGAGCCGCAUCAAGUCUCUGGAUGACAGCUCCAACGAGACAAUCUACUAUGAACCCUUGGAGAUGGCAGAUCCCUCCAAGAAUCUGGGGUACAUGAAGAUCAACAGCUUGCAAGUCUUUGGCUACAGCCUGCCCUUUGAGCCAGAUGCUAUUCGUGACCUGAUACUUCAGUUGGACUACCCCUAUACACAGGGCUCCCAGGACUCAGCCAUGCUUCAGCUGUUGGAGAUCAGGGACCGGGUAAACAGGUUGUCACCCCCUGGCAAAACCCGCCUUGACCUCUUCACUUGCUUGCUCCGGCACAGGCUUAAGUUGGCCAACAAUGAGGUGGCAAGGAUCCAGUCUUCUUUGAGGGCCUUCAAUGCCAAGUUGCCCAACGCACUAGAGCAGGAGACGGGCAAGCUGUGCAGCUAACAGCCAGGGCCGCUCCGAUCUCAGAGCGAGGGGGUUGGGAGAAAGGACUCCUGGGAGGAGCAAAGGAAUAACUACCCUAAAAAAUUAAAUCAAGGCCUUACCUUAGUGCCAACCGCGUGCUUCCAUAGUACAUCCAGCGACUGGCCAAAGAGACACAGGGCUUGAGCGGAUGGAGGACACCAGCAGGAAUAUGGAGGAGGGAUGGCUCACACAGCGCAAACUGGCUCCAAGCAUGGCGACGAUGCCAGCACAGCCACUCGGUGGCUGAGGGGACAUGCCAAUGGUCAGGAGGGAUGUGCCUUGGCCACAGGCAGCUGCUGGUCUAGCUGGAGCAGAUGCCCAACCUGCCAUGAGGAUCCUCCAGCAGUGGAUCCUCAGCACCCCAACUUUUGUAGUCUUUUUAAGAGAGGUUUAUAUGAUGCCUUCGCUUUUGCAUCCUCUGUGGUCCUUCCUGCAGUUGUGCACAUGGGCACAGGGGGACACCGCACUGUAGGCCCCUGAUACCCGGCAGAUCUCCACUGGGGCCUCUUGUGCCUGCUGCACUACUGAGGCAUCAUCACUCCUCGCAUGGGAAGGACCUGGCACCUGCCCCAGGGACACUGCAGUCACUGACACUGGCAGAGACCUCUGGGCCACAAUUCCUUACCUGAAAGAGAAACCUAAAAUGAAAGAAAGAAAGAAAAGAAAAAAAAAGUUUUAUUUAUGUAUUUAUUUAUUUGUUUUGUUUGGGAGGGAUUUUUUUAAGCCUGUUUAUUUGGGGAGUGUCAUUUCUUGUCAGUGGCUCCAGCCAAGAGACAUAUUAGUAAAAUGUAUCUGUUUAAUAUAUUUUUUAAAUAAUGCCUUUUUUGAGCAAAAGAGCAACCAAAACCAACGGAGAUUAAAGAAAAAACACCCAAA